ACAUGUACUGAAUGAAUGAGAUUUGAAUCCUCAUUAUCUAAAAAAAUAUCAUCUGGAUAUUUAGUCUUUGUUAGAAAAAUCUGAUCAAAGAUCUACCAACUACAGCCAUGGCUUAAGUAUAAAUGCAUGCCCUCUUCAUUAAUCACUAACGGAUUAAUUAGAAUCCACCUUGCAAGCGUUAAUUAAUGGCUUCCCUCUUCUUUUCUUCGGCGAUCCCCGCUGACGGAAUCGUUCCAGCCAUCUCCGGCACGCACUUUUUCGAUGAGGUCCACCGUAUGAUCACUCAAUUCUCUUCCCUCUCCACCCUCGAGCUCAAGGGCGCUGACCUCACCGUCGCCCAAGUCUCCGCCGUCGCCCGACGCUCUGACGUCGGCGUCGCCCUCGACGCCGGCACUGCGCGCGACCGCGUCGACCGCAGCGCCUCCUGGGUCGCUGACAACCCCGAGCGCCUCGCCGCUGGCUUCGGCACCGCUUCGCACCGCCGCACUCAGCGGACCGCCGACCUCCAGACUGAGCUCGUCCGCUUCCUCAACGCCGGCGUCGUCCGCAAGGAGUCGUCCCUUCCUUCCGGCUACGCCAAGGCUUCCAUGCUCGUGAGGGCCAACACCCUGAUGCAGGGCUACUCCGGCAUCCGCUGGGAGCUGCUGGAGGCCAUCGCGAAGCUGAUCGACCGCAACCUGAUCCCCAAGCUUCCUCUGCGAGGCUCCAUCACCGCCUCCGGCGACCUACUCCCGCUCGCGUACAUCGCCGGCGCGCUCACCGGGCGGAAGAACGUGCGGGUGGUCACCCUUGAAGGCGACGAGAUUACGGCCACUGAGGCACUGAAGCGCGUCGGAAUCGGCGAGCCGUUCGACCUCAAGGCGAAGGAGGGGCUCGCACUCGUCAACGGAACAGCCGUCGGGUCCGCCGUGGCUGCCACCGUGUGUUACGACGCCAACAUCCUCGCCUUGCUCUCGGUGAUCCUCUCGGCGAUGUUCUGCGAGGCGAUGCAGGGGAACCCAGAGUUCACCGACCCGCUGACGCACGAGCUGAAGGGGCAUCCGGGGCAGAUCGAGUCGGCAGCGAUCAUGAGGUUUUUGCUCGACGGCACGACGGAGCUCGGACGACCGACGAAGCUGAAGCAAGACAGGUACGCGCUGCGGACUUCGCCUCAAUGGCUGGGACCUCAAAUCGAGACGAUCCGCGCGGCGACAGAAUCGAUCGAGAGAGAGAUUAACUCGGUGAACGACAACCCCCUCAUCGACGUCGACCGCGGCGUUGUCCUCUACGGUGGCAAUUUCCAAGGAACCCCCAUCGGAGUCUCCAUGGACAACAUCCGCAUCGCGCUCGCCGCGAUCGGAAAGCUCGUUUUCGCCCAAUUCACUGAGCUCGUCGGCGAAGAAACCAACAACGGUCUGCCGGCGAAUCUGAGCGCCGGUGCCGACCCCAGCCUCGACUACGGCCUGAAAGGAGCGGAGAUCGCGAUGGCGGCCUACUGCUCGGAGCUGCAGCACCUGGCCAACCCGGUGACGCCCCAUGCGCAGAGCGCGGAGCAGCACAACCAAGACGUCAACUCCUUGGGGCUCAUCUCGGCGAGAAAGAGCGCGGAGGCGGUGGAGAUCUUGAAGUUGAUGAUGGCGACGUACAUGGUCGCACUGUGCCAAGCGACCGACGUGAGGGCAUUGGGGGAGAGCUUGAGAGAGGCCGUGAAGCAGGCGGUGGUGCGAUCGGCGAGGAAAACCCUGAAGGGGUUCUGCGAGGAAGAGCUGAUCUGCGCGAUCGAGAGGCGCUCUGUGUUCUCCUACAUCGACGACGCCUCCGGCAAGUUGGUGCCGGAGCUGAGGGCGGCGGUGGUGGAGAAGGCGCUGCGUCAGGGGAAGGAGGGAGAUCGGUCGGCGUUCGAGGUGAUCCUGGAGUUCGAGGAGGAGACGAGCAGCGCGCUGAGAGAAGACACCGUCAGGGCAAGGGAGAGGUUUGGGAGAAGGGAGUUGGUGGCCGACGGGAGGAGGACGUGGCCGGUGUACGAGUUCGUGAGGGAGGAGUUGGGAACGGCGAUUUUGACGGGGGAGGAGGUGAGUCCGGGGGAGCACAUAGAGAAGGUGUAUGAGGCGAUGGAGGAGGAGAAGAUCGGAAAGGUGAUCCUCAAGUGCCUAAAGGAGUGGCGAGGGGCGCCGCCGAACAGGAAACCGGCGAGCUCAGAUUAGUACCCUAGCUUCCGCUGCUUGCGAGCUAAAAAGAGUUUAUUGAUUUACUUAAGAAAAUAAAAUAAAAAAACGAAAUUGAAAUAUUUCGAAUUGAGAGAUCUAAAUAAAAACUAAACAGAAGUCUAAUUUUUAAUUUGG